UGCACCGGGGAGGGAAGAGUGGGGCCGGCAAAGAGAGUUGAAGACAAAGACACCCCCAGGACACAGAUGAGGAGAUGCUUAGCCUAAUGGAGAAGUCCUGAUUUGAUCCCCAAUCAGGAGAGGAGAAAAAAAUCUGGGACAAGAAGGGGUACCACCACUCAGCUAGAGGAGAGGUUCAGCUGAAAGGAGAAGAAAACUUAGAACAAGCUUGACAGGAGACAAGAUAUAACAGUUGUUUGGAGAUUUCCCCCUCCACAAAAAAAGAGAGAGGACGUUUUCGCUCAGCAGAGUGAAUUUUUUAAAAAAGGAAGUCCACCGAGCCGUCAGGUCAAGAGCAGGUCCUAUCUGGAGGAAGCAGUGUGUCUCUCCUUUGAUCGCUCAACAUGGCGUCCGUGAGAGAGGUAUCAAGCUUCACCGAGGAUCUGCUGUGUCCCAUUUGCCUCUCUAUCUUUCGGGACCCCCACAUGUUGGAAUGUGGCCACAGCUUUUGUGCCCCGUGCCUCGAACCCUGCAUCCCCAAGGGUCAGAGGCGUGGGUUGUGCCCAGAGUGCCGGCGUCCCUUUGCCUUGCGCCGCAUGGCCGUCAACCGAGCGCUCUGCAGCUUGGCAGAGAAGGCCCGGCUUCUCAAGCUGGAUGAAGGCUCUCAACUGGGUGGGACUGGAGGCUGGUACUUCUGUGAGGAACAUGAGGAGCCACUCAAGCUCUUUUGCAGCCAGGACGAGGGGCCGGUCUGUGUCAUCUGCCGAGAUUUACCUCAGCACCGAGGACAUGACUUUCUGCCCAUCAAAAAUGCAGUUCAGGCUUAUCAGGACCAGUUGAAGGCAUCUUUAGAACCUCUGGAGGAAGGCCUCCGGCGUUUGAAAAUGAGCCAGUGCCAGCAACAGGAAAACAUUAUAGAGUUGAAGACGUGUUCUGAGUCCUUAUCUGAUCACGUGUCUGGGGAGUUUGUGAAGAUGCACCAGCUGCUCAGUGAGAGAGAGCUGAGUUUAAAGGAGGCCCUGGAAAAUCAACGGGAGAAGAACUUGACCGAGAUGGAAGCCAAGCUGAAGGAGCUGAACUGGAAAGUGGCCUCGUGGUCAGAAACCCUCUGCCGAGUGCGGACAGGACUGGAAUGCAAGGAUCACAUCAUUUUCCUUAAGGAGGCAAAGGAAUUACUGGAUAGGGUUCGUAAGGAACAAGGAACCCAGGUGGAAGAGGAGGAAGGACUAGAAGCUGAGGUGGUGGAAGAAGGGUUGGGAGCCAGCGGUGAAGACACAGAUGAAUGUGAGAAUGGGGUAGAUGAGGGGCUGCUGGAAGACGAUGAAGAUGUUGAUGAGGAAGAAGAGGAGGAGGAGGAGGAAGAGGAGGAAGAGGAGGAGGAAGAGGAAGAAGAGGAAGAAGAAGAGAAAGUGGAAGAGGAGGACGAGAAGGAGGACGAAGAUGGAGUGGUGCCAGUAGACUUGAACUUGGGCGAGUUCAAAGGUCCUCUGCAGUUCUAUGCCUGGAAGGAGCUCUUAGGGGCAGUGCAUCCAGUCCCAGCGUGCAUCACUUUGGAUUGCAACUCUGCUCAUCCCAGCCUGAUUCUCGUGGAGGAAGCCACCGGGGUCAAGUACAGCCCAGGCCGCCGUUUCUGGCGCCGAAAGCCAGAGCGCUUCACCUCCAGCCCGUGCGUGGUGGGGCGGAAGGGGUUCAGCAGCGGGCGGUUCUAUUGGGAGAUACGUGUUGGGGACAGCACCGGUUGGGUGGUCGGGGCAGCUAAAAAGUCGGUGAAACGCAAGAAGCACCUCAACUUUAAGCCCAAGGAAGGCAUCUGGGCAAUUGAGUUGAGGGCUGGACAGUACCAAGCCCUGAGUGAGCCCCGCAGCCCUAUCUCAGUCUGCGGGCGGAUGGAUAAGGUUGGGGUCUACUUGGACUUUGAAGGUGGGCAGCUCUCUUUUUACAACAGCAGCAGCAUGAACCACCUCUACACCUUCCAGGUCUCGUUCCAUGAGGAACUGCUUCCCUUUCUCAGCACUCAAGGCAACCAUCCCCUCUCUGUCUGGGACCUGGAUCUCUAAGGCCGUAUCUGCACCAUCAAAUUAUUUCAUCUCCAUACAACUUUAACGGUCCUGAUUCCCUCCAAAGAAAUUAUGGGAUUUGUUGUUUGGCGGAGCAGCAGUGUUCCCUGGGAGUUAUGGUUCUUCGGGAGGUUCCGUUUCUAGAGCCUAAUGGAUAACAAGACUAUGACUCCCGGGAAGCACGUGCAACUGCUUCCUUUAUUUUGCAAUAACAACAGGAGGCAAGGCCAGAGAAGGCAAUGGAACCUCAGAGGUAGGCCCUGCUCCAGGUGAGUGAAAUAUAGGUAGUACCUCUAGGUGUGUCUUGGCAGGCUGAAAGUCCCAGAAUUCUUCUUGACGAAUUCUUGGAGAAUUCUGGGCAUUGCUGUCCAGAAAUAAGAAAUUGUACACUUCUAGUACUUCAGAUUCUCUGCUAAGUAACUCUAAUGCGUUGCUUUGAACUACUACAGAGAACAAGAGUUCAUAAAAUUACAGAUCUCAGAAUUUUGAAGGAUGGAAUCAUUGCAAUAAAAAUGGCAACAAAUUGCUAUGACUGUAUAUUUUCAACACACUCUCUUUUGCUCAAGUUGCGGGGUUUUUAAAAGUCUGCUUAAGAUUAAGAAAUAAAAACUAUUAAAUAUACUGUAGAUACUUUUAUUUAAAAACAUCACCCAAUGUUAGCUUGUCUUUGCACUGUUCAUGGACAAUGGACCUUUACAGCUUUGAAGCUGAUUCAGCAAAGCUACUGUUGCCCAUGUGAAUUUGUUUUCCCUCUACCAUGGUCGUGAUGGGGGUGGGUUCUCGAGUUACGGUUGCCAGCUUUUUGACUGGUCCCUUUUGCUUGUAACUUUUAACAGUGGCUUGAUCCGCCGAUACAAACGUGAGCCAUUUUCGAGCUGCUGCUUCAUUAAACUGUAGGACAAGCCAGAUCCCCUCCAUAAGUUGGCCAUCCUGUCUGUAGAUGGGGGUUUUUGUGUGAGUGACAAAGCGAACCUGGAGUAGCAAAGUAGAAAACAUGAAAAAGACAAACUGGGCAACUUCUGGAUGGCCUCUUUAGAGACUCAUAAAAUAUGUGUUCUGUACACCUGAUUUUACCGGGGAAAGCCAUGACUUUGUAAUUCCAAAGUUCUUGGGCAUGCACACAGUUAUUCAGAAGAGCAAUAUCUAUACAGACAAGUAUUUUUAAAGCAACAAACAGCACUCCAGACACAUUUGUCCUCGGUACAAGAAGGAUGUUAUUGAUUACUUAAAACACAUAUUUAUUAAAAUGGUGACCAAAUAAGGUGUCUGGCUGUGGAGCAAAAGGUUGGGAAGUUUGAUUCCUCAUGGUGC